AUGCCUGAACUCAACGUCCAUAGCUUUUACCGCAUCUGGUUCACCUGGGUUGACCCACUGACAGUCCUCCCAACCGUCUACGCUCUUAUCUUCACCCCCGAAUUCAUUCUCGAUGGCCUCAUUCCACGGAGCAUGUCUGCGUAUAAUCCAGACCAGGCCUUCUUAUUCCACCAACUCGCUGCACUAUUCGCUUUUGUCGCCAUCAUGCUGGCUGUGCUUCUGAGAGUCAGCUCUGAUAUCAAAGUAUGGAGAGUCGUCAUUGGCGGCGUGCUUCUCAUCGACAUUGCGAUCUUGAUGAGUGUCUUUGUCAGUAUGAAACAACAGCGUCGGUCAGAGCUGUCAAUGUUCAGAUGGCAGGAUUGGGGGAAUUAUCUGUUCACUGGUUGGGUUGCUGUUGUGAGGGCCUUGUUCUUGGCUGGGGUUGGAGUUGGCGGUGUGAACAAGGGCAAGGUGGCUUGA